AUGGGCCUCAUCACCAAGGCCAAGUCGGCGCCGCGCUCCGACUCAGGCUCCGGCGGUGGUGUAAAGUACAUCUGUAACGUCUGCAGCAGCGACAUCACAUCGACCGUUCGCAUACGGUGCGCGAGCAAAGACUGCUCCGACUACGACCUCUGCGUCACAUGCUUCUCCAAAGGCGAACAAAAUGUUCACCACAAGGCGGCGGAACACCCCUACCAAGUCAUCGAGCCCCACAGUAUUCCGAUAUUCGACGAAGACUGGGGCGCAGAUGAAGAGCUAUUACUACUGGAAGGUGCGGAGCAAUAUGGCCUGGGUAGCUUUGCGGAUAUUGCCGAUCACAUCGGAGGGUUCAGAGAAAAAGAUGAGGUGCGAAACCACUACAUCAAGACAUACAUCGAGUCCAAAAACUUCCCGCUCCCAGAGCGCGCAAGUCCGGCGGACAAGAGGUUGAGUGAAGCAAUACCACGAGAGGAGUUUCAGCAAAGAAAAAAGCGAAGAAUAGACGAGCGCAAGCAAGAGAUCGCAGAACACCAGGCGACCGCGUCUGUACCGGCUAAGCCGACCUCCUCGAUACCCAGCUGUCAUGAGGUUGCUGGAUUCAUGCCUGGGCGACUGGAAUUCGAAAAUGAAUAUUUCAACGAAGCUGAGGAGGCAGUGCAGCAUAUGCAGUUCUCGCCAGAGGAAGGCAUCAAUCCCGCAACCGGCCAAUUCGAUCCUGAGACCGAGCUCAAGAUGGUGGUGAUGACCAUAUAUAACGACCGUCUCACGGCGCGAACAGAUCGGAAACGGGUUAUCCUAGGUCACCAUCUGGAAGAGUACAGAAAGAACAUGGCGAUCGAGAAGAAGAAGUCAAAGGAACAAAAGGAUCUGUUCCAGAAACUCAAGCAAUUUGCCCGCUUGAUGUCUCACGCAGACUUUUUGGAAUUCUCGCAGGACCUGGAAACAGAACAGGAUCUACGAUUUGCCAUCGCGCAGUUGCAGGAAUGGAGGCGCAUGCGGAUCUCAACACUUGCACUUGGCCAGAAGUACGAGGAAGAGAAGAAGGUGCGACUAGCGCGUUCUAUAUCUCAACCGGGUCAGUUCGAUCGCAUGGCAACCAGCAUCCGCCCCAGUAAGCCUCAGGCUAACGCUGGAGUGCCCGAGAUCGGCGAAAAUGUCGUCAAAUUCACGACAAAGAAGGACCUACCUGUUCGACUUAACCCUGAGAACGGGUACCGACCAACCGACGAGAAGACUAAUACACCAAAACGAACUCCGCUACAGCCGAUACCGAAUCUGAGUCCAGCGAAUUGGGAUGAAGACUCGGCAUCGGACUGGCAACUUCUCAUGCCGAUUGAGCAAGAUCUCUGCAAUGUGCUCAGACUCCAUCCUAAGGCGUACAUCGCGAUCAAGGACCAGAUUGUGCGUGAGGCACAGAAGGUAGAAGGCAGGCUCAAGAAAAAGAACGUACGAGAACUGAGCAGAAUCGACACCACCAGAGGCGGGCGGAUUUUCGAAUUCUUAUGUGACCAGGGAUGGAUCAACAAUGCAGCCAAAUAA